GUAUGACGUAUCAGAAACAAAAAUGGCGUUCAUUGGUAAGGAUGCUGUACCUCUGUGGCACAAUGGACCGUCUCCUGGUGCAUUUUAUCAUUUUCCAGGCAAUCAAUACGGCACCGGUGGAUUCCAAAAAUCACAAUCUCCUAUAACGACCGGCACGUCUGUUAUUGGCAUAAAAUUUAAAGACGGAGUCAUCAUAGCGGCUGACGUCUUAGGAUCUUAUGGUUCACUUGCUCGUUAUAGAAAUCUCGAGCGUAUUAUGAAAGUUAAUGAUAACACGAUUCUUGGUGCAUCUGGAGAUUAUGCAGAUUUUCAGUGUAUCAAAAGCUAUGUGGAGAGAAAAAUUCUGGAAGAAAAAUGUUUGGAUGAUGGAUUUAGUUUGAAACCAAAAGCGCUGCAUUGUUGGUUAACACGUGUCAUGUACAAUAGGCGAUCAAAUUUUGAUCCAUUUUGGAAUAAUUUUGUGAUUGCUGGUUUGGAAGAUGAGAAACCAUUUUUGGCAACUGUUGACAAACUUGGGACAGCUUACAGCGAUCCAGUAAUCGCGACUGGAUAUGGUGCCUAUAUGGCAACGCCUGUUCUAAGAAAAGCUUAUGAGGAAAAUAGCGAAAUGAGCAAAGAAGAAGCUAUCGAACUUCUAUACAAAGUAAUGCAAGUUCUCUUUUAUAGAGAUGCAAGAUCUUUCCCAAAGUAUCAUCUUGGCAUUAUCACAAAGGAAAAAGGCGUUGAAAUACAAGGACCAAUAACUUUAGAUAGCUAUUGGGGACCUGCAAUUUUGUAAAAGUAAUUUUUUUACACUUCUGUCUAAAUUAUAAUAAAGCUUAGAAGUUAAGUCUCCUCUUUUAAUUGAUUUUUUUCGUUGAUAUGCGAACUUACAUCAAUUAUGCAUGAAUAAGAAAGAACAGCCAGAUUUACUAGUAAAUUAUUUUAAAUGUAUCAAUUUGUUUUACAUAAAAAAUAUAUAGAAAUAAUAUAUUUAAUACAUUAUUUACAUAUAUGCAGAAACAGUAACAAUAAUUGUGGACUAGAGUGUCAAUACUUCACAUCCAUUGUCUGUUAUUAAAACUGUAUGUUCAAUUUGA